ACGACCGAACAAGUCCCUUGCCUCUUCGCAAAUUUAACAAUUCCCCUUCCGCUAUAUCUCUCUCCGCCGUCUCUCCCAAUUCUCCGGCGAUGAACCUCUGCGCAAACGACGUUGUAUCCUCCGAACUUCCUCCUUCUCCGACCUCCUCCUCCUCCUUAUCCAUCGACGUCGAUGAGUCGUCUGAAGCUCGGAUCCGGCGGUUGAUUACAGAGCAUCCGGUGAUCAUAUUCAGCCGCUCCUCUUGCAGCAUGUGCCACGUCAUGAAGACUCUUCUCGCCAUCAUCGGCGUCCAUCCUACAGUUAUCGAGCUUAAUGAUCACGACGAAAUCGCCGCCGUUCCUUCUUCGUCUUUUGUUCGGGAUAGUUCGGCGCCGGCGGUUUUCAUCGGCGGGGCUAGCUUCGGCGGCUUGGAGACUCUGGUCGCUCUCCAUCUUAGUGGCCAUCUCGUUCCUAAACUUAUCGAAGUUGGAGCUCUCGCGGUGGGACACGUGCAGUGUUAAAAGUGGAGAAUCAG